GUAUCAGCGUUUACACCAUCUGCUGUGGAAAGCUUUCUCGUAGAGAAGUAUUUGGCAUGUAGAAAAGACUACACAGUCUCUACUUGUUGAGACUAGAUGCUUGAUGAGCUGACUGUAAUAUAAUGAUGGAACCGAUGAGAUCUUUAUGGAACCUAGGAAACAAUCAGGAUCAGAGACAGUUGGAUAUUGGAAUUAUUGGUGGAACUGGCCUGGAUGAUCCGGAUAUUUUAGAAGGAAGAACAGAAAAAUAUGUCGAUACUCCUUAUGGCAAGCCAUCAGAUGCUCUGAUACUGGGAAAGAUAAAAAAUGUGGACUGCGUGUUGUUGGCAAGACAUGGAAGGCAUCAUACAAUUAUGCCAUCAAAUGUCAAUUAUCGUGCAAAUAUCUGGGCGCUAAAACAAGAAAAUUGUUCACAUGUUUUAGUAACUACUGCCUGUGGUUCAUUACGAGAAGAAAUACAACCUGGAGAUCUUGUCAUGAUUGACCAAUUCAUUGACAGGACUACUAAAAGACAUUAUACUUUAUACGAUGGGCAGUGUUCCACUCUUUCAGGAGUAUGUCAUAUUCCAAUGGCAGAGCCAUUCUGCACUAAAACCAGAGAGGUUCUUACUGAGAUUGCCAAGAAGCUUGAGCUCCAGUGUCAUUCCAAGGGGACAGUGAUCACAAUUGAAGGCCCACGUUUCAGUUCUCGUGCAGAAAGCUUGAUGUUUCGCAGCUGGGGAGCUGAUGUCAUCAACAUGACCACAGUUCCUGAGGUGAUUCUUGCGAAAGAAGCUGGAUUGAGUUAUGCAAGUAUUGCUAUGGCAACAGAUUAUGACUGCUGGAAAGAGCAUGAAGAAGCAGUUUCAGUGGAUAAGGUUUUAAAGACACUGAAAGAGAAUGCAAAUAAGGCUACCAGCAUACUCCUUACUGCUAUACCUCAGAUAGCUUCCAUGGAGUGGACAGACACCUUGCACAUCCUGAAAACAACUGUGCAAUGUUCAGUCAUGCUGCCAAAGCACUAACAGCCUGGAUGGACUCUGAAGUUUGGGUACUAAGAAAGAAGAGCGACCAUUUUUGAACUUCUAGAGGUUAUAAUAUCUUCAAAAAAUGUUAUAAGCAUGGAAGAAUGCUUUAUGUACCUGAUAAUGAUAAUAAUUAUGAUAAACUGUGAUUGAUAAUAGUGUAAAAUUUUUUUGUAAGACAGUCUGUCAUGCUUGAUAAUGAGUAAGAUGUAUUCAAAAUAUAACUUGAGCUAUCCUUUGAACUUGGAGUGUACUCCAGUGCUGAAUAACUGAAUCAGACAGUGAUCUACAACAAGUUAUAAUCUUGUUGCUGGAUGGUUCAUAAAGCUAUCAUCUGAUAUCAAGGAUAUCAUUUAACUGAUGGAUGAAAAGAAAGGCUAGGUAAUGCUCUGUUACAGUUUUGUAAAGUAAGAAGAAAGGAAAUUCACAGAUAUUUAGCUGCUUUGCUAUUUCUGCUUCUCUUUUCCUUCCAGAAGGAAGGUGGCUACCAUUUACUUCAGAACAUACUGUAAAAAGGAAUAGAUAAUUUAGAAAUAAAAUUGUAUUUUUGAAUUUUUGAAGUUUUAUACAUUAUCUGUAUUUUUUAUUUCAAUUAUUUUUUCAUUUUAGUAGUGUUUUUUGGUUUUGUGCAGACAAAAUUUUGUUUAACAAUUGCAGCCAUUCUUUCACAGCAGUUGCAUAAUGGAUGAAUAUUCUCAUUAAAAAUUUUUAGCUGGUAAUUAAGUCAAAUUUGUGCCUGAAGGCCUAUAUAUGUAACUAAAGAUAGUGCCAGUCCUGAACAGUGGGCUGGCCUUCUUUUGUUAAAUUGAUCUGAACCAUUCUGGUUUUAGUUUCUAUUUUUAGUGAUGAAUGUACAUAAUCACUUUGAUUGUAUGCAUUUCAUUUGUUAAUAUCAUUUGUCUUCAAUAAAAUAACCUGCUGCUUCUUGUCUUAAAAAUAAAACAAACGAAACCUUUGCUUC